UUUGAAUGCAGCGCAGGGUGCAAUCCGGAAAACGGCUACUGUGAAAAUCCUGGGGAAUGCCGGUAAUGAAAUGCCACUCAAAUUAUGUAAUAAAUAUGGUACAUUUCUCUAUCAACCAUGUUUCCUCAACAUAAACAUUACAUUUUCACCCUAUUUCACCCCAUUUCCACACAGUCACGUCAUCACAGUCAGCUAAUUCCAAGUCAGAUUUAUUAUUUAGGCCUACAACUAUAUAAAAAUCAACUUUUUCCCAAUCAAUUAUACAAUAAACACCUGGUGGAAACAUCCAAUAAUAGUCCAGCUGAGUGAGAUUUUUUUUUGUGAAGCAUAACAAUGGUCACAUCAUCUGAAUCAUGUUUUCAGAUGCAGACCAGGCUGGCAUGGUGUAACAUGCAAGCAGUGCAUGCCCUUCCCUGGCUGUCUACAUGGGACCUGUGAGAAAGCAUGGCAGUGCAUCUGUAAAGAGGGCUGGAUGGGGAGCCUGUGUGACCAAGGCAAGUACACUUAUCUCUUAAAUGUCAGUCAGCCAUGACCAGGGGAGCAACAUAGGGUCCUAUAAUAUACAGCUGAAGGUUUCACUGCUAGCACAGACUUAAUGUUAUCUUCUUUUUGUUUACUGAACAAAAAUAUAAAUGCAACAUACAACAAUUUCAAAGAUUUUACUGAGUUACAGUUUAUAUAAGGAAAUCAGUCAAUUGAAAUAAAUUGAUUUGGCCCAGAUCUAUGGAUUUCACAUGACUGGGCAGAGGCCCACCCACUUGGGAGCCAGGCCCAGCCAGUCAGAAUGAGUUUUUCCCCACAAAAGGGCUUUCUUACAGACAGAAAUACUCAGCCCCCCCCCCCCCCCCCCCCCCACCACCAAAUUCUCUAAAAUGACGUUGGAGGCGGCUUAUGGUAGAGAAAUGAACAUUAAAUUAUCUGGAAACAGCUCUGGUGGACAUUCCUGCAGUCAGCAUGCCAAUUGCACAUUCCCUCAAAAGUUGAGACAUCUGUGGCAUUGUGUUGUGUGACGAAACAGCACAUUUUAGAAUGGCCUUUAAUUGUCCCCAGCACAAGGUGCACCUGUGUAAUGAUCAUGCUGUUUAAUUAGCUUCUUGUUAUGCCACACCUGUCAGGUGGAUGGAUUAUCUUGGAAAAGGAUAAAUGUUUACCAACAGGGAUGUAAACAAAUUUGUGCAUAACAUUUGAGAGAAAUACGCUUUUUGUGCGCAUGGCAAAUUUCUGGGAUCUUUUAUUUCAGCUCAUGAAACAUGGGACCAACACUUUACAUGUUGCGUUUAUAUUUUUGUUCAGUAUACAAAAUGUUUUCCAUUAAAAUAACAUCAAAUUGAUCAGAAAUACAGUGUAGACAUUGUUAAUGUUGUAAAUGGCUAUUGUAGCUGGAAACUGCUGAUUUUUAAUGGAAUAUCUACAUAGGUGUACAGAGGCCCAUUAUCAGCAACCAUCAGUCCUGUGUUCCAAUGGCACGUUGUGUUUAUUAAUCCAAGUUUAUCAUUUUAAAAGACUAAUUGAUCAUUAGAAAACCCUUUGGCAAUUAUGUUAGCACAGCUGAAAACUGUUGUGCUGAUUAAAGAAGCAAUAAAACUGGCCUUCUUGAGACUAGUUGAGUAUCUGGAGCAUCAGCAAUCGUGGGUUCGAUUACAGGCUCAAAAUGGCCAGAAACAAAUAACUUUCUUCUGAAACUCGUCAGUCUAUUCUUGUUCUGAGAAAUGAAGGCUAUUCCAUGCGAGAAAUUGCCAAGAAACUGAAGAUCUCGUACAAUGCUGUGUACUACUCCUGUGUACUACGCCUAAGUGAACAUCCCGGAGUCGCCUCUUCAUUGCUGACGUUGAGACUGGUGUUUUUCGAGUACUAUUUAAUGAAGCUGCCAGUUGAGGACCUGUGAGGCGUCUGUUUCUCAAACUAGACACUCUAAUGUAUUUGUCCUCUUGUUCAGUUGUGCACCGGGGCCUCCCACUCCUCUUUCUAUUCUGGUUAGAGCCAGUUUGCGCUGUUCUGUGAAGGGAGUAGUACACAGCGUUGUACGAGAUCUUCAGUUUCUUGGCAAUUUCUCUCAUGGAAUACCCUUAAUUUCUCAGAACAAGAAUAGACUGACGAGUUUCAGAAGAAAGUUAUUUGUUUCUGGCAAUUUUGAGCCUGUAAUCGAACCCACAAUUGCUGAUGCUCCAGAUACUCAACUAGUCUCAAGAAGGCCCGUUUUAUUGCUUCUUUAAUCAGCACAACAGUUUUUAGCUGUGCUAACAAAAUUGCAAAAGGGUUUUCUAAUGAUCAAUUAGCCUUUUAAAAUGAUAAACUUGAAUUAGCAAACACAACGUUCCAUUGGAACACAGGACUGAUGGUUGCUGAUAAUGAACCUCUGUACGCCUAUGUAGAUAUUCCAUAAAAAAUCAGCAGUUUCCAGCUACAAUAGCCAUUUACAACAUUAACAAUGUCUACACUGUAUUUCUGAUUUAUUUUAUUUUAUUUUAAUGGACAAAAAAAAUGAUUUUCUUUCGAAAACAAGGACAUUUCUAAGUGAACCCAAACUUUUGAACGGUAGUGUAUAUAUAUAUUUAUAUACAUUUACAUAACUUCCUUUACCAUCUGUUUGAGGGUGGGCAGGAACGAUAAAGAAAAUACGCUUUCCUGCCUUUGAUGGCUCUAUCUACUGCACUAUCUUAAAGGCGGAGAGGUGUAACAUGUGGUCUGCUGGUUUGUUUGUUUUCAAUUGACCUUGCGAUGAUAAAAUCAUAACAGGCUCUGUGUGUGUGUGCGUUUGUGCAUGCCUGCGUGUAUACAAGUUUUGUGUGUGUGUGUGUGUGUGUGUGAUGACCUCUCCCAACAACACGCUCUGCUUUUUCUAGAUACCAACCAGUGUAAAUUGUGCAUUGAUAACUCCACCUGCAUCGAGACUGGCCAUGGAGGAUACCUCUGCAUUUGUCCACCUGGUUACACAGGAGUGAGCUGCCACCUGAAAAAGGAACCAUGUCUAACAAGCGGGUACGAAAAUCUGAUAUGGUUUGCAUUAUCUUAAUUAAAACCUUUAAUUAAACUCUGGGAAAUCGCUUAAUCUCUAAAGCUUUUUCUAUACCAGAUUACUUGCUAUUGAAUCCAUGGAGUGUCAUCCUUCCCACCUAUCAAAUCAAUACAGGCUUGUCUCCGGAGACUGAUUAUACAACCUGCCUGCCAGCCAGCCUCACUGUCCCACUAUCUUAGCUCUUUGUUAGACUGUGGGUCCUUUCUCUUCAGUCGACAAUCAAUCAUUUCAGUUCUAUUUAAAUCUUCGAACUGAAAUGACUUUUGCAUGGACAUGUAUAGUACCUUUCUUUUUUGGGGACUUUGAGAAACAAUCCUAAAUACCGAGCUCACAAUGGAGCUCAUUAAUCCUGGAGCUUCAUUAAGCUUUGAAAGGGCCCAAAAAAUGUCAAGUGCUUUUUUUUUUUUGCACUCACUGUGUAUAACAGUAUAACAUGAUUAAAAAGGCAUACUGUUUGAAUGGCUGUGAGCAUGGGGCUAUGAGCACAAUACUGGCUAAAAACAAAAUAUAUAAUUUGACCAAGUUUAUGAGAAAUGGUCACAUUAAAGACAAAUCUAAAAAGCUCUAUUGAGCUGUAUAUGUUGCCAUAAGCCAUUGUACAGCUUUAUACUGUGGACUUAAAUAGAGAUAAAUCAAACUGAACUGCUUUGCCCUUCAGCUCUCCCUGCCAAAACGGUGGCACCUGCGUCGAUGCCAAUGGCUUGGCAGCCUACCCCUCCUGUGCCUGUCCCCUCGGAUUCACUGGAGACUUCUGUGAGAUUGACACUGACAGCUGUGAUCCCAAUCCCUGCCUCAACGGGGGCAACUGCACUGACCAUGGCCCCGCGUUCACCUGCGCCUGCCCCAUGGGCUUCAACGGCCCCACCUGUAACGACACACAUGUGGACACCCUCUUUCCCUGUAGCAGGGCCCCCUGUGGAAACAGGGGCACCUGCGUGGUGGGGAGCCAAACGGAUAGGGCUGGCGCAUACCAUUGUCUGUGCCCCCCAGGGUUCACAUUCAACGGGCAUAAAUGUACGCCUACCCAGCAGCCACACAGGCCCAAAGCCAAACUCAGGCCGGCCAAACUCUCUCCACAACACCACAGCCUACCUGCCCACGCAUUCCAUAAACUACUCAGGCCUCUCGAGAGGGAUCUUCUUAAGAUCACCCUGAAAGAGACGGUUCACGCGCCCUCUGCCGCCAGCCUGGUCACCCGCAGUCAGCUCAUCUGUUUUGGGAUGCUGGGCCUACUCAGCUGCAUGGUGAUCCUGGGAACCACGGGUAUUAUCUUCAUCAACCGCUGCGAGACGUGCAUGGCCAACGCCAAGUACAGCCAGCUGGUUCGCCAGCAGAGAGAGCACUUGUUGAUAGCCAAUAACGGCGACUAUGAGGGAGGCCACUCGGUCAACAUCAUCCUCCCCGAGAAGAUCGAGCUCACCAGCUUUGGGAAACACUACAUGUCCAUC